AGCGCCGUCCUCUUCCAGUAUGAACCUCCUCUGAAACACUCCCAUUUCUGCUUUUCUCUCAGGAAUCACCUUUUCCUCAAUCUCACACACAACAAAUCCACACUCCGCUCUUCUACUUUACACUUCUUUCUUUAUUUAUUAAAAAAGUAAUUAAUAAGGAAGAUCCACUGUCUUCAUCGUGAGACGUCUUGAAGAAGAGGAAGAACUUCCCGAACCUUCUUGUUCAUGCACUAGUCUGACCUGUGUGAAUUGUUGUCAUGGCCUGUGGGGGUGUGUGGUUUCUGUGUGCAGUGUUCUCUGUGCUGAUUGUACCAGGAAAACAGGAUGCACAGCUUCUAACUACCCCGAAGGAACUAAACGUUUCCGCAGAGGGAGGCAUGGAAAAUUUUGGCGUUUCGAAGAUGAACAUUGAGUGGAAGGAUGGCUUCCCCAACAGCAUCAAACCAGACAAAGUCACCUAUGACAUUGAGAUUUUCUAUACUGAGCAACAGAAACUGGUUCAUAAUGAGACAAUAGAAUUGAAAGCGCAUCCACUGGGGCAUUAUAAUUGGAGCUGGACUUCGCCAUUGCCACUGCAAUGUACGUCACAUUCUGUUCGGCUGCGCUCCAGAGACCACGACCUCACCGGUGACUGGACAUCUCUGAAAACUUUACCCGGAAAAGACGUAUCUGACACAGAGAAGACACGUGUAUAUCCCGAAAACAAGUAUAUACUGGUUGAUGAGAUUAUCAGGUUCUGCUGUAUCCUAAAACCAGACGAGAAAAUAAACUUCAGUUCCACUUACAAAUCACAAUUCACAAUUCGGAUCAGCAACCGGACGUAUGCGACGGAGCCAAUCCGAGAUUCUCACCCGUCUCCACAAAGUGGCCAUGAUAUGGUAUGCAAUGGUGGAGGCUCAGUUUACUACGUUGGCUAUCCUCCUGAUAUCCACAACUUUACAUGUGAGACUCAUGAUCUCAGUUCUGUGGAGUGCCACUGGAUUGAACAAGAAUCAAACGAAAAAACAGAUCACUACAUCAACGGAAGGAAAUGUCCGGAAACAACUCAUGGACGUUGUGUUGCCGACACUACCACCAACACAGGGGUGAUGAAAUGGACCCUAACUGCCAAUAAUUCCUUUGGCAAAAUAGAACUCUUUGACACAGCUGAUCCAAAACUCAGGGUUCACCUUGAAGCACCAAAGCUCUUCGUCACUCAAAAAACGAGUGACGAUUUUGCAAGAAUUGCAACUCUUGAGUUGAAAUGGGACAAACAGCUGAAGCAUUACUCCAUUAAAUGCCAAGUUGACCUUAACGGGACAAUAGUUAAUGAAACAUCUGAAGGAACCUUACUGACAUUGUUAGAUCUGAAACCCUUUACUCGGUACAGUGCUCGCGUACAGUGCGGUUCUCGUGACAAUUUUUAUAAAUGGAGUGACUGGAGUACCCCCGUCACCUUCUUCACCAAUGAAGACAUUCCAGAAGGUGUAGAUUUGUGGAUGCAGAUUUCUGAUGAACAAACUUAUGCUGUGUGGAAAAGUCCAGCUCAGAGUAAUGGAGAGAUUACAGGCUAUGAGCUGGUUAUAGAAAACUCGACAGACAUGACCACGAAGCUCAUCACCAAAUCACCAACCGAGUUCUGCCACAAGCUGCCAGCAGACAGCGCAAAAACCCAUCAGGUCAUUUCCAUAACUGCUAAGAACAAUGCCGGAGUGUCUCAUCCCUACCGGAUCACCAUCCCCAGUCUGUCUCCAGGUGUUAAUACCAGUUUUAUUAAAGGAAUUAACAGAACUUUUUAUAUGGCCUGGGAACCGAGCCCUAUGUCCAAAUGUGGCUAUGUGCUGGACUGGUAUCCAACUUACCAACCACAACAGUGUUCUGUAAAAUGGAAAACAAUUCCCUCCGAUCGCUCCAGUGCAACAGUUGACUCAGACUUAAAAGAGGGAGUGAAAUACACGCUUUCGGUUUAUGGCUGCACUUCAGGACCUCUGUCCUUGAUGCAGAGGAGAGAAGGCUAUGUAGAAGAGCUGCCCCCAUCAGGAACAGUUCAGAAUCUUAAAGCAAAGCAGGAGGGCUUAAACAUUCACCUCUCCUGGGAAAGUGUGAGUGCAUCAUUGCAAAGGGGCUUUAUAAAAGGUUAUAAUGUGUCUUGCAAUUCUGCUGGUGGAGAUGAAAAGAAGAAUGUUGUUAUAUCUGACCCCAGCACUCAAAACUGCAAGUUCAGUCUUUCUGUGAAAACCUACAAAUGCAGAGUGAAAGCCUUCACAUCUGCAGGAGACGGACCUGAAGCUGAGAUCACUCUGACAAUGAAUCCUCUGUCUGACCUUUACAUGGCUGUUGUUCUGACUGUAGUGCUUUUUAUCCUUUGCAUCACUGCAGUCUUUGCCUACAGAAACUGGAAAUGGUUGAAAUCAACACUGUGGCCUGAGAUUCCCCAACCGAGGCUUUCAGCAGAUUUUCUUAAAAAAAGUGUUUAUCAGUGGCAAGUGAAUGAUCAGCUGUUGUGUGAAGAAAGUGAAGUCUUGAAAGUAAACAGUCCAGUAAUCUGCCCCGUGCUGGUUGCGCUGGAGCUACAGAAAGAUCAUCAUGAAACCAAGGCUUUAAACAGUCCUCACUUAUGGUCUGAAGAGUAUCAAACACCUCCAAGCAAUUCACAAUGUCACCAGCUCAUUGAUGUUGACUUUUCUUACAAGGAGAUUCCGUGUCCUGGGAUUCCAAACCCAACAUACAACAUGCCGCUGAUGCCUGCAGAUAAUAACAGUUUAAUGUCGGGUUACAGGCCUCAACACUGAAUGUCAGCAGCCGGCAUCGACUUUGCUGGAUGCUCACUAGUAAUCUCAAGUCUCACUAUUCAACACAACUGAAACAUAUUAUAAGGACAAACUCAUCAACUGCCUGAGGUGGAAUUAAAUGAUGUCAGAUUAUGCCACCUUAUAAAACUUGUAUUUGCUCCCUCACAUUUACAUUUACAUUUCUGGCAUCUGGCAGACUCCCUUAUCCAGAGCGUCUUACAUUUUAUCUCAUUUAUUUUUUAUCCAAGUGAGCAAUUGAGGGUUAAGGGCCUUGCUCUGGGGCCCGGCACUGGCAGCUUGUAAGCAUUAAACUACCACAACUCCACACUACAAAGUAGCAGAAUCAUUUUUUUUUAGACUUUUCAAAAGAAAAGAUGUGAUCAUUUCAGUAAACUUUAUAAUUUUGUAUUAUUUUUGGAGCAUUAAAAAAGUGCCCUCAGUACUUUUAAUAUGAACACUGUAUUUAUGUACUUUUUUUUAUUAUAGGAUUGUAUAUCUUUCAGCAUUGACCUUGUUUAUAAUGUUUCGAAAAAACACAUCUUGUACCCGUUGUCUGUUUUCUCUUUGUUGGACUCUGAGCUAGGGCUCUUUAUAUACUGUGAUUUUUGGCUUUAUGAGGCUAUUAAUUAAAGCCAUAGUGUAUUACUGUUGAAUUCUAUGAUUUGUCAGAAGCUGUUUAUUAACUUUCUAGGUAGAAAGGAGUCUCCAGUAUCAGUACUUUGUAAAGCUGUAACUAUAGGUUAUCGGAUACAGGAAAGUCUUGAGGACAGAUGAGUUUAGACUUUGCAGUUUUACUGUAACCUGGCCUAGCUGAAGAACAUCACUGGACCCUUGCUGGAUCCUCUUCAGUUUGCGUACAGAGCAAACAGCUCUGUUGAUGGUGCAGUCAACAUGGGACUGCAUUAUAUUCUGCAACAUCUUGAUAGACCUGGGAAUUACGCAAGGGUCUUUUUUGUGGACUUGAGUUCGGCCUUCAAUACCAUCAUGCCUGACCUCUCAGACAAACUGACCCAGCUCUCCAUGCCCUCCCCAAUCCAUCAGUGGAUCACCAGCUUCCUGACAGACUAGUGAGACUGGGAAAACUCACAUCCAAGACUGUUAUGAUCAGCACUGGCACCCCUCAGGAAUGUGUUCUCUCCCCACUGCUCUUCUCCCUGUAUACGAACAAAUGCACUGCAAAAGUCCCCUCUAUCAAGCUCCUGAAAUUUGCAGAUGACACCACUUUCAUCAUGACUAUAUUCAACCUGAACAAUUAAAAAACAUUCAUAACUAUACAUUGUCCAUCUCAACAGACCCAUUCAUACACAGAAUCUGGAAGUUGUUACACACUUGUAAAUAAUUCCAUACAGCCAUACAUUCAU